AUGUCUGACAUAAAAAAAGAUAUCGAUAUUGAUAUUGAUACCUUGGUUGUUGUUGAUAAUGCUAAUAACGAUAACACCAAUACUACUAACACUAAUAAUGCAUCCAAUAAUCAGCUACCAAAAGAAUCUUUGCCUCUCAGUGAUCAAAGCACCAAACCCAAUAAUAGCACAAGGAAAUUAAAAGGAAAAGUUAUCAAUAAAUCCGUUGAAAAAUUAAAGAAUGAACAAAAGUAUUAUUACCAACAAAAACAGCAAAAGCAAAACCAGAAAUCAACAGAUGAUGAUAAUGGACAAUUAUUAUACACUGAACCAACUAAUUUCGAUGAAUUAUCACCGUCGCCAUCACCAAUUCAAUAUAACGCGGAACAAAAGUCCAACGAGCUCGAUGAUAUCUUUAAUCAUAUAAUGUCCGACAUUGAAUUAUUGCAACAAGAACAAAAUGACACAGAAAUUCCACCACUUGAGACAAUACAUAAAGUACUCGAAGAACAAGAUGAUCUUCCGACAAAAUAUCAUUUCUUAAUGCGCGAAUACACGUCAUUACGAAGAAAAUCUUCAAGUCUAUUCACGAUGACGGAAGAACCGAAAAUUCUCGAAUCAUCACAAAUAAUCGAAGAUCCACCGAAAAUAAGCCCGCUACAGCCGGCGAAUUUUCAUGUAUUCAGCGCAAAAGAUUAUAUUUUAUUUAUUGUGUUUAUUUUGGGGUGUUUGUUUUUUGUCGCGAUGAUUGGAUUUUAUGCGAUACGUGAGAUGAAAUAUAAUGAUAUAUAUAAUUACGAGAAUAAUAAUAGUCUAAUGAUUUUGAUGGAGAAUCCACUUGUCGAAGGUAGACCACUAGCACCGGCAAAAGCAGUAAAUCACAAUCGAGGAAGUAAGAUUAACAACGGCCCUGAAGUUUAUUAUCCAAUCUCAUCAUCGAGAAAAAAUGAAAAUAAAAACGGUUGUCCUUUUGAUUCGACUCAUGCUGAUGCCAUUAGAACAACAGCUCCAAGUGCUGGUCAGCCUAAGUGUUUUCAUUUCUUGAUUUUUCAUUUCUGUACUGGGAAAUCCGGUGACGAGAAUAGCUGGUUUUCAUCUUAG